UACCCUGGGAAACGGGAGAGAUCCUCGCCGCCUCUGUCCUGUGCUUUUCUUUUCUAUUCCCUCAGUCAUUCCUGGCCGCGUUGGCAGGUCUCUCCUGUCUUGUUUUUGAUUUGAAUUCACACUGGUCUCCAGCUGGAAGAGAGAGGCUCGGUCAGAGGCAGCCAAAGAGGAGCAGCCCGGUCGCCAUGCAGCCCCACACGGCGGAGGUGGCGCGCCUGUACCAGACGGAGUUUGUGCGCAGCGCGCGGGCGGUGGGGGCACUGUGGGCCGUGUGCACGCUAUGCUUCGCUGUCAUCGAGGUGGUCAUCCUCAUCCAGCCGUCCUGGGUGGGCACCCGCGAGCUGCGCUACCAGGGCGGGGCCCCGCCGCCCCCCGCCGGCACCCUGGGCCUGUUUGAGGUGUGCCUGGAGUCGGACUGGCCCGUGCCGGAGUGCCGGGGGUCGCUGCGCACCCUCACCCCGCUGCCGGCCUUCCAGUCCCCCGCCGUGCUGGUGUGCGUGUCGCUGGCCAUGGUGUGGGCCAGUGUGGGCUGCCUCUGCCUCUUCCGCUUCUGCAACGCCGCUACCGUCUACAAGAUCUGCGCCUGGCUGCAGCUUACAGCCGGGUUCUGCCUGGCCCUGGCCUGUGUGCUGUUCCCUGAUUCGUGGGAGUGUGCGGAGAUGCGCGCGCUGUGUGGAGAGGGGGUGAGCAGCUUCUCCCCGGGAAACUGCUCUGUCCACUGGGCCUUCGUGCUGGCCAUGCUGGGCGUGCUGGAUGCUGCCAUUCUGGCCACGCUGGCCUUCGUUCUGGGCAACCGACAAGAUGCUCUGCUGCCCCAGGACGGCAAGGAUGUGACUGGGUUCCUCUUAUCAGCAUAGGGCUUGUUUGAUUCUACCAGCAGUGUCCUCCCUUAAUCCUGUUUCUCUUCUCUCUCUUUUUCUUUUCCUCCCCUGCGGCUUCCUCAUCCCUUUUAGAGAUGAUGUGUCUCUGGUGACGAAAUUGCUCUCUCUUAGAAAAGGAAAAAACACAAGCAAGAAAAACAAAUAUACCCCUCCUUCGCAGCAUUACAUCACCUCCCAGUGAAAUUCUGGUUACGUAAGCCCUCGCUAUAGAAACUGUCACCUGGCAACAGCAUCUCGGUCUUUUCCAUGUGAUGAGAGACAGGCCUUUUUCCCCGGACUUGGCACCCUGUUGUUCUCGGUCAAGCUGAUGGAGAAACGUGGAUAAAUGAGAACAGACAGCGGUGGUGCUCACGUGAUCAGUAACAGUGUUUUUGUCUUCAGUAGUGCCAGUACUGUAAACUGUAUGUAGGAAUUUUAUGAAUUCAGUUUCAUAAUGAAUAUGUUUAAGUCUGCAUCAAUGAGGCAAUAACAACAAACAACCAAAAUAUUUAAGCACCAAACAAAGC